AUGCAGGAACCACAGUUCAAGUAUGCGCAACUCCCCAGUUUUACGUACCAAAACUUCGAGCGUCAAUACCAGACCGUCGACACGGGUCACUUAAACACCGUGACUUAUUCUUAUACUCCCAUCACCCAAUAUUUCAAUGCGGAUCGUCUGACGGAGGGCAAGGACCAGGAUAACCAAAAGGGCCCCGAUGCCGAACCGAAAAAGGAGGAUACCCCCGACGAGCCCUCGCCAGAAGAACCGAGCAAGCCUGCAGAAGAAAGCCCUGCGGCCCCAGAGCCUUCUGAAUCUGCGGAGGCAGAGGCGCCUCCAGCCGAGCCUGCAGAGCCUACAGAGCCCGCAGAGGCAGCUGAGGCCGCCGGCGGAGAUGCAAAGGAGGAAUCCAAGGACGAGCCUGCUGGAGAAGUGCCUGCGCCGAACGCAGAGGGCGAAGAGCCCGCUGCAGAGAGUUCAGAAGGCGCAGAUGCCGAAAAGAAAGACGAAGAACCCGCACCAUCUGCAGAUGAGCCACCUGCCGACGAACCGGCCGCGGACGACAGUGGAGCUAAGAAAGACGAUGUCAAUGACAACAAUGAAUGUGACCCUGAAGCCGGACUCGACAAAGUAGAGGCCGAGAAGGAGGAACUUGCAAAGCAAGAAGCCGAAGACGCUCAAGCCGAGGAAAACCCUCCUCCAGCAGAAGCCCAGGAAGGAGAAGCUACCAAGGAGAAAGCCCCAGCUAGUGACGAGCAACCACCUGCAGAUGCUUCUGGCGAUAGCCCUCCCCAGCAAGAUGAACCGGCAGCAGCAGCAGCAGAGGAAACAGCCGAGGCCUCGCCUGCAGAACCUCCCACGGAUGCACCAGAAGAAACUCCUGCUGAAUCUGCCGAGGCCCCGAAUGAAACCCCAGCCGAGCCUGCGCCUGAAGCAGAGAAAGAAGCCCCUGCCGAGGAACCAGCAGCCGACACUCCACCUGAAAAACCGCCUGUCGAUUCAAGUCCUCCGCCCGAAGAGCCGCUUUCUGAACCCGCUUCAGGUUCUGGAAAAAAGAACAAGAAGAAGAGCAAGAAGAACAAAAAGAAGGCUAAGGCUGCUGAAGCCGCUGAGCCCGACAACGAAGAGCCUGCAGGAGAUCCUGAACCCGCUGCAGCUGCUACCGAAGAUGCGGCCCCCCAAGAACCUUCCGAUAAGCAAGUCGAGGAGGCCCCUGUCCCUGCACCAGAAGAAAAGGCACGCGAUGCCGAAGCACCUUCCGACGACACAGCGAAACCCAACGAAAGUGCAGGGGAACCGGAAGAGCCACCAGCAGAGGCCGCUAAAGUACCCGGAGACGCUCCGACUGAGGACGCUCCUGUAAUUCCAGAAGAACCUGCAGCCGAUACUUCUACUGAGGCUCCGAAAGAGGAGGUUAUCGAACCAGAGCCUGCAACAGAGCCUGCGCUAGAUGCAGCUGCCGAGGGGGAGAAGGAGAAGGAGAAACCUGCGGAAGAAACUGCGGUUGAACCAGCAACAGAGGAACCGGCCGAAGAAUCCAAGCCUGUGCCAGAACCAGAACCAGCUGUUGAAGAAGCAACCCCGGCUGAGGAGACUGCUCCUGAGGAAUAUGCCGAGAAGAAGGAUGAGAUACCCGUGGAGGAGCAAACCCCUACAGAUGAGUCUUCAGCAGAACAGCAGGACCAAACACCGGAAGCUCAAGCUGAGGAGGCGCCUGCGGAAACACCAGCUGCUGAAGAGCCUGCGGCUGAAAGUGCUCCUGUGGAUGACACUACUAAAGACGAGCCUCCUGCUGCGCUCACUGCCGAAACAGCUGAAGAGGCACCUCAAGGCCCUGCCCCUGAAGCCCCUUCUGAAGCUCCUGCAGCCGAAGAGCCACCGGCUUCAGAACCUCCCGCUGAGAUUACACCUGCACCUGCGGACACUGAGCCAGCUGCUGAGCCCGAGACAGCACCCGCCGAGCCUGAGACAGCACCGGCUGAAACUGAACCUAUGCCAGCCGACCCUGAACCCGCAGCUGAACAUUCUCCCGCGGACGAAACUCUUGAAGACGAGCCUCCUGCUGAGCCCGCUGCCGAAACGGCUAAAGAGGCACCUCAAGAUCCUGCCCCUGAAGCUCCCUCUGAGCCUCCUGCUCCCGAGGAACCGCCGGCUUCAGGUCCUCCGGCUGAGAAUACACCUGCACCUGCGGAUCCUGAGCCAGCUGCUGAAUCCGAGCCUGCACCGGCUGUUGAGCCUGAACAUGCACCGGCUGCUGAGCCUGAACCCGCACCGGCUGCUGAGCCUGAACUUGAGCCAGCUGCUGAAUCCGAGCCUGCACCGGCUGUUGAGCCUGAACCUGCACCGGCUGCUGAGCCUGAACCUGCACCGGCUGCUGAGCCUGAACCUGCACCGGCUGCUGAGCCUGAACCUGCACCGGCUGCUGAGCCUGAACCUGCACCGGCUGCUGAGCCUGAACCUGCUCCUGCUGAGCCCGAGCCAGCUGCAGAAGCUGCUCCUGCUCCUGCUGAACCUGAACCUGCUCCCGCGGAGCCCGAACCUACACCUGCUGAGCCUGAGCCUACGCCCGCUGAACCCGCGCCCGAACCUCCGGCUACAGAUCUUGAACCUGUUGCUGAUCCUACGGCUGAGCGUUCCGUGGAGCCUGAUCCUACUCCAGCUGAGCCAGAGCCACCUGCUGAACCUGCCGCUGAGCCCGAACCUGCUCCUGUGAAGCCCGAGCCAGCUGCGGAGCCAGAACCUGCUCCUGCUGCUGAGCCCGAACCCGAGCCCGGCCCUCCGGCCACAGAAGCACCUGCUUCCGACGGAGUCGCACCUGAUGACAUAUCGCCGGAAGAGGCCGCUGAGGGACCUCGAGGUGAGCUCAUGGAUCCUAUAGAACCGGAGCCAGCCAGACAGGGUUCACGCAGACGCAAGAGACGGUCGCCAAGUGAGCGAGAGCGACGCUACUCCAAGACGUCUUCGGAAGGUCGUCGUGAUCAGCUUUCUCGCCCCAAGAACGAAGGUGGUUUGUUCACCAAUCGGUGGGCAAUGGCUUUGGAAGAGGCCCGUCGCCAGCAUGACGAAAAGGAGCGGGCCAAGGCCCAAGCUAAGAGGAAGCAGCAAGCUAUUGUCGAGGACCGUGAACGCAGCGGAGUCUCGCCACCUGAAAAGAUCCGACGAUCUGAUAAGGCGGCGAUGAAGGAAAGGGAGAAAGAAGUACCGGCUGCGGAGAUCAAGCCUAAGCGCCGUUCGUCUGAGCAAGACCAGGCCAGAUCAGUGAAGACUUCAUCUUCAAAGCAGGUCUCUUCUUCCGCUCCUACUCCCGCCCCACGCGCAUUCCUUCGAUAUAUGAGCAACGGCCAAUCGGACAACAAUAAGCCUCUCGUGCGAGCCAACACGACUAAGUCUGCCGCUUCAGCAUCUGAGCGUCCUCGUCGCUCUUCUACCAGCCAUAGUCAAGGCAGCGGCCCGACUGGCGAGGAGAAGAGGUCCCCUGAAGAGAGAAGAGCCAGUACUCGCUCCACUCACUCUCGACGGGAAAAGACACGCGAAGAACGUCGUGAGGAACGGCGCGGAGAGGAAGCUUCCCGGUCCGAGCGAAAGUCACGACGCCACUCUCGUGAGGAGCCCGAGUACAGCAAACCUCGAGAGCGGGAGCACGAGAAAAAGCCUGAAAGCUCUCGUCGUACCCACCAUAGCAGCAGGGACACUGAAGCUCGGUAUCAGCGUCGGACCCGUCAUGAAGAAUCUCCGCCCAAAGAGCAGUCCAAGAUUAAGGGAUUUUUCCGAGCCAUUGCUGCACACUAA